AGGAAAAUAUCUUCUCAUUUCCGUCAAACUAAAACCCUAACGUUCAAAGAACUCGCAAUGAAAGGCGGUCAAUCCAAAUCUGAGGCCAAGAGCACUGAUACGAGGCUGAAAACACGCGGUAGAAAAGCUGGAAAGAAGGCGAAGGAUCCUAACAAGCCAAAGAGGCCUCCGAGUGCUUUCUUCGUCUUCCUGGAGGAGUUCCGACGGGAGUUCAACAAAGCAAACCCUACGAACAAGUCCGUCGCUGCUGUUGGUAAGGCUGCUGGAGGUAAAUGGAAGUCCAUGUCAGAGGAAGAUAAAGCUCCGUACGUCGCAAAGGCGGAGACUAGAAAGAGUGAAUAUGUUAAGAACAUGCAACAGUACAACAAGAAACUGGCUGACGGAGCCAAUGCAGCAGAUGAUGACUCUGACAAGUCCAAGUCUGAAGUCAACGAUGAGGAAGAAGGGGGAAGUGAAGAGGAGGAAGAUGAUGAUUAGGAUUUGCUACAGAGGGACCCAGAUGAAGAUGGAUCAGCAAUUUGUGUAAAGUUGCUUAGAUUUGACCAAAAGAACCUUAGAUCGCAUUUAUGCAUUAUUUUUAAUGAUGUGAAGCUCAUCUGCUAUGACUGUGGAUUAGGUCAGUGGUAUGGAAUAGUACUUUCCUCUGCUUACUGGGGUUUUAUAUGUACUUAAAAACCUUUUCAUGACAAUGGAUCUUAGUUUGAGCUUCAUUCUGGUUAUGGGAAUGGUGGGUUUAUGUUA